AUGAUCGAUCAUGUGUCGGUUUUGGGUAUCAAAAUGGGUAUGGUUGCCUGCGAUCUGGAAACUCGAGGUGGAGGAUGGACGAUCAUCCUGAGGAGAUUGGAUGGAAGUGUCAACUUCUAUCGCAACUGGACCGAGUACAAAAAUGGAUUUGGAAAUCUGGAUGGAGAAUUCUUCUUGGGGUUGGAUAAAAUACACGCACUAACUGCAGACAGGAAACAGGAGCUACUUGUGAUUCUUGAGGAUUUCGAUGCAGAUAGAAGAUUGGAGUCGUACGAUGACUUUGCCAUUGGCAACGAAGAUCAACAAUAUGUCCUACACACUCUGGGCAAAGCCCAUGGAACUGCAGGAGAUUCACUGGACUACCAACGUGGCAUGAAAUUUUCUACGUUUGAUCGGGAUAAUGAUAAGGAUUCGACACGACACUGCGCCGAAAAAUACACUGGUGCCUGGUGGUACAACGAAUGUCACUACAGUAAUUUGGCCGGGAAGUAUAAUGACAAAAGCUAUAGCAGCGGCGUCAAUUGGUACCAUUUUCGGGGUUAUGAGUACUCCCUUAAAACAGCUGUGAUGAUGAUAAGGCCAAGAAAGUAAAACUGCAUAAACAGUUUAUUGAAAUGUAUUGUAAACAUUCAUCUGCACUUUUUAUGUAUAUUUAAAGAAAAAUUAAAUAAAAGUAAUUGAAACUCUCCCUA